GGGCGUCGCGGGCGUGGGAAGUGCUUCCUGGAGCACCGAGGAGGUCAUAAAUCAUGUGACGGCAGUUUUUAGAGGAACCUGUCUCAGAAGCUGUCCCUAAAGUGACAGCUCAGAGAACCAGGCAGCCCAGAAACCCAGGCGUGGAGAUUGAACCUGCGGGAGAAAGGGGUUCAUCAUGGCGGAUGACCUAAAACGAUUCCUGUAUAAAAAAUUACCGAGUGUUGAAGGGCUCCAUGCUAUUGUUGUGUCAGAUAGAGAUGGAGUGCCUGUCAUUAAAGUGGCCAAUGAUAAUGCCCCAGAGCAUGCUUUGAGACCUGGUUUCUUGUCCACUUUUGCCCUGGCAACAGACCAAGGGAGCAAACUUGGACUUUCAAAAAAUAAAAGUAUCAUCUGUUACUAUAACACAUACCAGGUGGUUCAGUUCAAUCGUUUACCUUUGGUGGUGAGUUUCAUUGCCAGCAGCAAUGCCAAUACAGGACUAAUUGUCAGCCUAGAAAAGGAACUUGCUCCAUUAUUUGAAGAAUUGAGACAAGUUGUGGAAGUUUCUUAAUCUGGCAGUGGUUUCAAGGUGUAUCUUAUCUUCAUUACAACAGACACAGUAUCAAUCCAGCAAUCUUUACACCGCAACAAUACCUGCGUCCAUGUGCUCGAGAAAGGGCCCCCUUUGCCAGCUUACACUGAAGACAGAGCCUAUAGAUAGACUUUAUGGACAGAUUGAUUGUUAUCUUUUCUUGUGUGGAGUCUUUUCUUAGUGAGAUCUGGGGAUACCACAGAAGCUGUUCACUCUAUCCCAGCUCCCAUGGAGUUAGUCCAGUCACCAAAUAUGCAUGAGAGUCUAUUCGGUGGGUCAGAAUCAAAAUGGUACUUUGAUCCACUUGAGCCGUGAGGUGCUCCCUGUUGUACAGUACGCCAGGCCUGCAGAGUGCAGCAGACUUUUUAUUGUGAAUAAUGAGUACAUAUUUUUCUUCAUAUUGUUUUCUCUGCAUUGAGUGUGAGGAAGAUAAAACGGCUUAGUAAAAGUAAUAAAACCAGUACAAUCACUAACUUUCCUUUGUGUAUAUUGUUUUGCAGUAUAGGCGAGUAGUGCUGAUUGAUUCGCUUCUUCUCAGAGGGUGCUGCUCUUUAAUGGAAAUGAAGAUGAUAGCUAAUGGUUUUUUCUUCCACUCCGCUUUCCAUAACCAAUCAGUGUUUUUUAAUGUUUGUGUGUUCUUUAUAAAAUUUAGAUAUGAUUCAUUAUUGAAUUCUGUUUCCAAUAUUGGUAUGUAUGUAAACAUGAUAGUAUAGCCAUUUUUUUCAUACGUGAGUAUAAGUGAAAUAGUAUUUUUUAAAAGUACAGUUUGAGCACUGUAUAGGUUUUUUCCCCCAGACCAGUUUCAAAAGUUUAAAGACUAUAAUUAACUUAAUUCACUCUUUCAACCACAUGAGUAAGCAGUGAAUGUUUCUUGUCUGGUUUGGAGACCGUUUUACCUAGCAUAAACUGUCAGUUGGAAAAUAAGUCUUGUCCAUGAGCUUAAUUUAAUCUCUGUGAAAUUGGUAUUGCAGUUUAGCAUGUGCUUAUUUUCAAGAAUGCAGUCCAUCAUUCAUGGUUAAUUUCUUCCGAGGUUCUUUGACAAUCAGAGUUUGCCAGUGGUACCUGGCAUAGAGCAUGUGCCAUUCAUCCGAGCUACCACACUGCAGAAUUCUAAGGAGUGCAGUUUACAUCAUAUUUCUGUGCUCCAGGGUGCAUUUUGCAUGGCGUGUGUGUGACAGCAGCUUCUGGAGUUGUGCGGUGAGGUGGUCGGCCAGGCACUGUGCUUGUUUGCAGCCUUUAGUAAUAUUAAAGGAUUGGAAACCAUCUAAGUAUCCAUCA